UUGCAUUAAACCGGCCGGUUAUUCUUCUUCUCCUUCUUUCUUGUUUGUUGGCGAUGGGCAAUUGCAUUCUUCUGUAAGCCCUAAUCACAGUUCACAGUUGUUUGAUUAGAAAAGGUUGUUGCUCGAUAGCUUGACAGAGUUCGAUUACUGCACGGAGAAAGAACGAGAGAGAUGGGAGGGCAGGAUGAUGUGAAGCAGCUUGAAGAAUGCUCCGUCGCCAACGCAUUGGGCACUUGGGUGUUCUCAAUUGCAGGGGCCCUCCUGGCGAUUCCAGUGGGGAUAAAGCGGAAGUCGCUUGGACCUCUUGUUUUCUUUGGGACAACAGGCACGAUGCUUGACAUUAUCAUGGGAAUCAAUGCCUGCGAGAGGGAGCACGCUGAGCGCCAAAUGAGACUCCUAGAAGAGCAGAACUCAGCUGCCAGUGCUUCUCUUUCAGGGACUGUGGUCGACUCUUGAUGUCUAUCCCUAAGAGUUUACAGCUUCUUCCUUAAUAAUCUUCUCUGGAAUGGUUCUUUUACCCCCUUUUUCCCUGGCAAGUCUGAAGAUUGGAAUUUCAUUCCAUCAUUACCUAAAAGAGUUCUUUUGUUGACAAAUUGCUCGUCGAGUGAGCGAAAGAGGUAAAAUUCCGAUCGGUUUUCUCAGAAUGGAACUCCGUUUCAUGGAAUAUGGGUGGACAAAAGAUUGCACCAAGGAGUAUCUGAUGAACUUCUAGUAGUGUUGUUAUUCGAAUUGGGCUAUUUCGAAUCCAGAGGAGUUCUCCAAUUUGUAAACAACUAUACGGAAGCAUUAUGUACAAUUAGGACAAUAAUGUAGUGUUUGGUUUACAAUAAUGUAGAAUCACAAUUCUAAUUUAA